CAGCUUCUCCACUAAAAGAAUCACUGCCCAGCUGCUCUCCAAUUCCCUUCCGCCAAUGCUCUUCACCCAAGGACAAAGGAGUUGGUCCAUUUUAAUCCAAGAAUAUCUCCUCUGCAUCGCGAGACGCGAAGUCUCUCCUAGUCUCCCUGCCGCCUGCCCAACCCUCCUCCAUCGACCAUCUCGCUCUGCCGGAGGCUCUCCUCCUUUCCCCUCUAUCGACCAUCUCCCUCCCUAACUACCGCAACGACGACGACGACCUUUGCUCCGCCAACGCAAAGUCGCCGCUAGCCAUCCCCUUCCUUCCGCCGCCGCGACCUCGCCUUAGCCUUAUGAUAGACCGUUAAUUACACAUGUUUUUACCCCUGUUCUUACACCGUUUGAGAUGUGAUUUCUCGUGGUUUAGACCGAUUUCACGCUAGGUUGUGCUUGUUUGUGAUGUUUCAGGUCCUAGUACGUGAAUGAAGGCUUAGGAGCGAGUCUGGGGUCGAUUGGACGAAGAACGGACGAAUGGCGAGGUUUUUGGGGAGCUGCACGGGCAGACCAGGGAGGCUGCACGGCCGUGCACGUGAGCAAUAUGGCCGUGCGCCUUAUGCCGAGGACACGCACGGGCAACCCCUGAAGCUCGCACGGCCGUGCACCCUGGCCGUGCGAGAGGGCUGAAGUUCGACUAAAUGACACGCUGCGUUUUGAGUUGCACGGCCAGAAUGGUGAUAUGCACGGCCGUGCACCCUGGCCGUGCGAGUCGGGAUUUCCUGGUUUUAAGCCAAAUUCCGAACCAAAGAGAGAGAGAGCUGGGUUUUUGGAUCCCAAACACCCAAGGGACGAACCCUAGAGAGAGAGAGAGCGACUUGGGAACAUUCUUGGAGCUAUUUUGGAGGAUUUCUUCGCCAUUGGAGCUCGGGAAUCAAGCUUGGAGAUGGAGAUUGAAGAUCUAGAUCAGAUUUCUGCAGUCUCUCUCUUCUCUAUGGAGUAACUUCCCUUCACUUAGGUUUUGAGGAACCCUAGUUCCAUGAGUUAGGAUCUUUCUUGUAUGAAGUUUUGGAUGCUAUAUUGUUUGAUUAUAAUCGAAUGAUGCAUGUUUAUUGAGUCAAUUGAAGUCUGAUCAACUUUUCCUGAUUCCUGCUGCAAUCUGAGAUAGAUAGAAUCUGAUUAGGUUGUUAGAGCCUCAUCAUUCGGUAGUAGGAGAUUGGCUAUACGAGAGUUAGCCAGUUUACUGCUUUGUACUGGAAUCCAAUUCCAGUAGUGGAGUUCUGUUCUUACUGCUUCAGCUUUCUAUCCCGGUGAAGACUAGUCGUCUGUCGGGUAGUCAGACUGAGAGGGCUUGGUCAGCUUAAGAGAUUCCAAGCUACUGUCGGAUCUUCCGCAGUUUAAUCAACAGUAAAACAAUCAAAAGGAAUUACAACUUAGACCUAAUUGAGGAGCUAGGGGGAAUCAUACCUAAGUGAGUUCCCAAACUGUAAUUAGUACUUUUACUUAGUUUAGUUAGUAGAGUAGUUUAGUUAAUCAAUCCUUAAUCUAGUUUGCUAGAUAAUAAACUGAAGCUAAGUAAUAGUAACUCUAGAGACCCGUGGAUUCGAUAUUUAUUACUUGUGCCACUAUACUGCAGUCCCUUUCAUUGGUUACACUUGGCCAUUGUUAGGUGUUGUGUUUUGGCGUGUCAAGUUUUUGGCGCCGUUGCCGGGGACUUUCUAGAUUAUUAGGAAAGGCAGAAGUUUGUUACUUUAGCGUUUUUCUUUUAUUUUCUUUUCCAUCCUUGCUUUUCACUUGGGUGUUUUUGUUUUUGUUGGUGCAGAUCUGAAUCAUGGAUCCUCAUGGCUUCUCCAACCAUUGGGGGUAUCCACCACCACCCGAGUGCUAUUACCCCGAGACUCCCUGGAGCAAUCAAGGAGGAGAAGACUAUGGAUUCGGGUUCCAGUACCAACCCCCUUUCUACGGAGAACAACCAGACCCCUGGGCAUAUCAAGAACAAUCUCCUUAUCAAGAAGAAUUCCUCCCACAACAAGAAGGGCCAUCAGAUCUUGAGUUACCCAUGGCGGCCUUCACGGGCCACUCUGCAGAGCCAUGCUACACUUCACUGGAAGAUCCGAACAAACAAUUAAGGCUUCUCGUGGAGCAGUUUGCUCGAGACACUGAGAAAUCAUGCUCCAAGAUGGGUCUUCAAAUCAAAGCCCUUGCUACUUCCGAUCCCUCAUUUCUCCAUGAUAUGGAGGAGACUGUUCAGCGCUCAGCAAAGCAAACAGAGUGGGUGAAGCAAGUUUGCUCACAUCUUGCUCAAGAUCACCUUUCUGCUACCACGCUAGAAGAGGUGGAGGAUGACAAAGGCUAUGGGAGCGACCACACCUUUCCUCAUUUAUGCUCUAACAUGCUGGGCCCGUGCGAGGAGAUGCAAGAUGAUCCCAUUGAAGAAAUUGCUUGGCGACUUGCUCUCCAAUCUGUUCUAGAAGAAGAAGAGCGAGCAAGGAUGAGGAAGGAAGUUGUGGAUGAUGAGGAAGAAAGAAAAGAAGAGGUGGUUCUUGAUCUUUUCCCAAGGGAGAGACCACAUUUUGAAGAAGGAAGGGGGGUUGAGGAAGCAAUUGGUGUCCAAGCUGAGGAUGAAGCUGAGGUGGAAGAGGCCUGCACCGGCCAUGAGUUACAUGUAAUAUCUCCACCAAACUUCGAGGAGCUGCUUGGCAAGGACCCAUUUGCAGUCUCUCUUUGCCAGACCAAGGCCACAUCGACAUCGGUCCCUCUUGGUGGACGCGAUGGUGGCCAAUCGAUGCUGUCAUAUCUUGUUUGGGGCAAUGAGACGAGAGAAGAGAAGAAGAGGUCUCGAGGGUGGAGACUUCAUCUGCAUCAAGUACAUGAGCCUUCAUCACCUGCCACACCACAUGCUCGUGACUUGAGACUCCACCUCAUCGACGAGAACCUCAACUUCAAGGAGGUUCUAGCAUGGACCGAAACUUAGGAGCCAUCGUCCGGCUCACGACGUGAAAGAAGCGCUUGUUGGGAGGCAACCCAACCAGUCGGUUUGCAUUUCUUUCUCUAUUUCUCCUCGGUUGAGUCAGUUUUGUUAUUUGAUUUUAGAGUCAAUAACUCAACCUUUGUGAGAUUUUGUGUGGUGUUUGUGUUCUGAUUACUCUCUCUUCCUGGAAUGCAUCGCCUGACCCGUUCAUCAUCAUUCACCCUUGAUCUGGUAACUUCGUUCUACCCUCCUUAUCUUUCCUCCAUUGAGGACAAUGUCGUGCUUAAGUGUGGGGGGAUGUUCGAUUAUGUAUGCGGGUGAAUGUUUGGCUGUUUUGUUCGAUUAUGUAUGCGGGUGAAUGUUUGGCUGUUUGUGUGCUUGGAGCCUAGUCCACUGUCCAAAUUUUUAAAUUUGAGGGCUCCAAGUAUGUGUUCCAUGCAAUUGCCUGCUCAGUAUGCUUUGAAUUGACAGUCUUUACAGUAAUAUGCAACCUAGGGAGGUAGUGUAGCACUAUGGAGGAUGUUGAUGCAUUUAAGAAGUCUCAUUUCUUCUUCAUAUAAAGUUGGUUGAUUGAGUGAAUUAGUGAUCUUAGGACCCUUGAAUUGUGUGGUGUUGUGGAUUUUCUACCUGACAUGGACUCUUGUAUCAUGUUUUGAAAAUAACAGGUGCUCGAAAAUGUGCUUCAAAAUAAACGUCUCCCGUGCGAAUAGGGCGAAAGUGUGUAAGGGGAGACGGGAAUUCGUUUCCAAUUUCCACCUACUACCUCCAGCCCCCUUACAUGUCUUUCCCCCGCACGAGGCUCGAGACAUCCGCUCCUGGCAUGGCCGGUAAGAGCAGGUUGGGACCCUUGAAAAGAAAAGAAAAGAAAAAUAACAGAAAACAAGCAAAAUAGAAAAAAAGGGGGUUCCAACCAUCUUCAAGAAUAAACUAGAGCACCUUGAAAAAUGUGAGUCCAUGAUCUUUUGUUUUUGAGAAUCUCUUCAUCCACAAUUCAUUUGUCCUCUGUUCACUAUUUGCCGUGAUGCCGACUCGCCGAAGAAGUUAUGAGAUGACUUGUGCGUCGGUUGACCUCGUAAGUUGCUAAAUGAUCUAGGAAGUCCUCUACCUACGAUCUGGGUUGUUUGUUGCUAUAGAGGUCUGGAGAGUUGCAUUGGUUUGAGUUAGGUUUGCUUGGGGACAAGCAAACGGUUAAGUGUGGGGGAGUUUGAUAGACCGUUAAUUACACAUGUUUUUACCCCUGUUCUUACACCGUUUGAGAUGUGAUUUCUCGUGGUUUAGACCGAUUUCACGCUAGGUUGUGCUUGUUUGUGAUGUUUCAGGUCCUAGUACGUGAAUGAAGGCUUAGGAGCGAGUCUGGGGUCGAUUGGACGAAGAACGGACGAAUGGCGAGGUUUUUGGGGAGCUGCACGGGCAGACCAGGGAGGCUGCACGGCCGUGCACGUGAGCAAUAUGGCCGUGCGCCUUAUGCCGAGGACACGCACGGGCAACCCCUGAAGCUCGCACGGCCGUGCACCCUGGCCGUGCGAGAGGGCUGAAGUUCGACUAAAUGACACGCUGCGUUUUGAGUUGCACGGCCAGAAUGGUGAUAUGCACGGCCGUGCACCCUGGCCGUGCGAGUCGGGAUUUCCUGGUUUUAAGCCAAAUUCCGAACCAAAGAGAGAGAGAGAGCUGGGUUUUUGGAUCCCAAACACCCAAGGGACGAACCCUAGAGAGAGAGAGCGACUUGGGAACAUUCUUGGAGCUAUUUUGAAGGAUUUCUUCGCCAUUGGAGCUCGGGAAUCAAGCUUGGAGAUGGAG